AUGCACCAACAGGACGUUGGGUGGAUCCUCCCGCAGAGGAGUAAGACGUUGAUUCAAGAACAUUUAAGAGAUUGGGCACUUAACUUUGCGUUUAAGGAUUACUUCAAGAGUUUGUUCAACUUUAAGAAAGACCGCAAUCCUUGUUGGAAAGUGCUCGGUGGUAACAUCGCGUCUGGUGGUUUUGCUGGUGCUUCCUCUCUUGUCUUUGUAUUCUCUCUAGAUUAUGCUAGAACCCGUUUAGCCAGUGACGCUAAGGCAGCGAAGAAGGGUGGCGAGAGGCAGUUCAACGGUUUAAUCGACGUUUACAAGAAGACAUACGCAUCAUACGGCAUUGCUGGGUUACACCGUGGGUUCCCUCUUUCAGCUGCCGGUAUUUUUGUUUACUGUGGUCUGCAUUUCGGAAUGUAUGACUCUCUCAAACCAAUCCUCCUCACCGGAUCACUGCAAGAUAAUUUCUUUACUAGCUUUGCGCUCGGUUGGUUGAUCACAAACAGAGCUGGUCUAGCCUCGUACCCGAUUGACACAGUGCGAAGAAGAAUGAUGAUGACAUCUGAAGCCGUCAAGUACAAGAACACAUUUGACGUGUUCAACCAAAUCGUGAAAAAGGAGGGUGUCAAAUCAUUGUUCAAGGGUGGAGGUGCUAACAUCCUCAAAGCUGUACCUGGUGCAGGUGUACAUGCCGGUUAUGAUAUGCUCGAGACUCUUGUG